CGCGUCUGACACGCUCAUUGGCUUGCGCGCGCCCCGCCCAGCACAGAGGGCCACUCCGCGCAGGUGCCGCUUGGUCGGGAGGCGGGUCCGGUGGCCGCGUACUUCCGUCUGGUGGCGGGUUAGCUGUGCACCGCCUCUUCCGCCGCCGCCCCCGCAAUCCCGUCUCAGACCGGUACUCCGGUGUCGCUUCGGAGCGCAGCGGCCGCGGACUGCGCGAUCACGCCCCCCGGGACCCGCGAUCCCGUCGCCGUGAUGAACAUCCGCAAUGCGAGGCCCGAGGACCUGAUGAACAUGCAGCACUGUAACCUGCUCUGCCUGCCCGAGAACUACCAGAUGAAGUACUACUUUUACCACGGCCUCUCCUGGCCGCAGCUGUCCUACAUUGCCGAGGAUGAGAAUGGGAAGAUUGUGGGGUAUGUCCUGGCCAAAAUGGAGGAGGAUCCGGAUGAUGUGCCCCACGGACACAUCACCUCACUGGCUGUGAAGCGCUCCCACAGGCGCCUGGGCUUGGCCCAGAAGCUCAUGGACCAGGCCUCUCGAGCCAUGAUUGAGAACUUCAAUGCCAAGUACGUCUCCCUGCACGUCAGGAAGAGUAACCGGGCCGCCCUGCACCUCUACUCCAACACCCUCAACUUUCAGAUCAGCGAGGUGGAGCCGAAGUACUACGCAGACGGGGAAGAUGCCUACGCUAUGAAGCGGGACCUCACCCAGAUGGCUGAGGAGCUGAGGCGGCACCUGGAGCUGAAGGACAAGAACAGGCACGUGGUGCUGGCUGCCAUCGAGAACAAGGUGGAGGGCAAAGGUGCUCCCUUGCCGGGCCCGGGCGAGGCCUGCCGGGAGGAGAAGACCCUAGCUGCCGAAGACAGUGGUGGGGACAGCAAGGACCUCAGUGAGGUCAGCGAGACCACAGAGAGCACGGAUGUCAAGGACAGCUCAGAGGCCUCCGACUCUGCCUCCUAGAACCCACACACCCGGGCCUCAGCCCGUGAGCUGUCCCAAUAAAGCUCAGCCUGUGGCCUUGGG